AUGUCAAAUCACAACAACAAGUCUGCUUCCAUCUUUGAUAAGACAUUUGAUUCAUUUAGACUUAGCAUGAAUAGCAGAAGGUAAAAGAGCAAUAAAGAGCAGCCGAAAAAUCUAAAUUUUAAAGAUUUCAUUGAGAAAGUCAACCAUCAUUAUUAGCCAGGGGAAAAAUCUUAAAGAGAAAAAAAAAUAGCUGCACCUGCCUAAAAUAGUAAUAAUAUAUACAGAUCUAUGUAUGGACUAGAUGCUAAGAAAAUAUUAUUGGAAAGAGAACUUAAGGAAUAAGAGAGUUUUUUCUUAAAUAACUCAAGAAAUUUCCAAGAAAGCCAGUUCUCUAAGUAACUAAAUUCGACUGAAUCUAAAACCGGAAGAGAUUUAAGUUAAAUAUUAAAAUCCUAGGUACCCUUACCUAAAUUUGAUCUGGAUAAAGAAGUAAGGAAAAAGUUGUAAGAAGAUUCAUUCUAGGUAUCUUAAAGGCUUUGGAAAAAGAUGGAAAAGUAAAUUGUCAAUCCCGAAUCAUUUGUUUUUUAACAACAAAGCGUGAAUAGAAGUUUUAGAGAAAAACCAAAUGUAUUAGAUGUUGUAUAGGUCGUCAGUGAAUAAUAAAAUAGAAAACGACUUGAAAAUGAAUCUCACUAAGCAUAUAUUAAUAGGCUCUAGCAAAUGCUAGAGUAUUAAACAGAACUAAAUAAAACCAAAUACAGAUAAAAACCUGAAGGAGAGAACUAUUGGACUAACUCAGAUUUGCUAAGUGAUAGGAAAGACAAUAAGUAUAAGAGAAGGUAAAAGUCAAUGAUGACUUUCUAUCAAAUUAGGAAUCUGCAAUCUAGAAACAAUUUAAAGCACUUGCUUUAAGAUAAAAGGCAAUCAAUUAUAAAUCUUGAGAUUCUUGGAAAGGAUGCUGCCUUUAGUCUUCCAAGACAGGUGCAUGUUUCACAGACUUAAAGACAAACUAAGUAAAAUCUCUUGAAUCAAAGUAAUAGAAAUUUGAUAACCGAAACUGAUAUGGGCAUCACACAACAUGAAUAGUCUUAUAAAACUUAGCUGCUCUAGCCUUCUUCUGCAGGUGAACAGAACAAUUAGAAGAUAAUAUAUAAGGGAAGAUUGCAGCUUUCCAUAAAUAACGUAAAGAAGGUCUAGAACAGAAAUGACCUGCAAGGAAAUCUGACAAAAAUUGAGAGCGUAUCAGAUGAUAUAUAAAACACAGAGGGGGUAGAUGGAAUGAAAAACCUUGGAAAUACAUUAAGACUAUUUUAUCAAAAAAGAGCAUCUAAUGAUCCAAAUGAUGAGGACCAAUAUUCAAGAAACAUGGUUGCAUCUAGAAUGCAAUAAAGCUACGACUCAAGAUCUGAUGAUAUGUUAGAGCCAAUAACAUAAAAGUUAUAGCCUAUUAUACAGACUCACAAGAAUGACAAAUCUCCAAUUAUUUAAACAUCUCUUCGCAUUGAUGGAAAGGAUAACUUUGAGAGAGUUUAGAGUAGAUAGGCAAAUAACUAAUCAAUUAUUGAAUAAAGUGGUUAAAAGUCUCCGUUUGAAAGAGCUCUCUCGUCUUAUUCAAAAUUAAAUCCAAUCUUGAAUAAUAACAAUGACUCUGGCUAUGACAGUAUCUCUAAUUACUUUUACCCAGAAAUCAGAGUUGAUUUUUAAAAGUAAAUAUCGGAUUAAACAGACUAAGAUAAGAUAUUUAAAAUCUAAUCCCUACUCUAGGCAAGAAAUCACUCAAGUAUGUCAAAUUAUGAUCAGAGAAUGUAACGAACUGCUCAAAGAUUCCCAAAUCUUAGAGGCCUUUUGGAAAAGUUAGAUUAUAGUUAAAUACAAAAAAAACUUCAUGAAUAAACAGGCAAUACCUCAUUGGUCUCUGAAAGUAGAAAUAGUCCGUCUACUAGGAAAAAGUAUGAUACUAAUACAUCAGAAUAUCCAAAUGAAUCUGACUAUAGCAGGACCAAAUUCCAAAAGAUGCUAAUUGAGCAAAGGUAAAAGAAGUAGCUUUAACUUUAGAGACUGCUUAGAUCUAAAAAUACCAAUCAGUAACUGACUAACUAACAGAUUUUCCAUAAUAGACAGUUAUCUUUUGAGCCUCAUACAAAUAGCAGUUUUAACAUGCAGUUUCGUCAUAGUUAGAAGAGAAUGUCAGACUUGAGUAAAUUGGCAUUCAGUACUUAGAGAGGCACAAAUAUGUUCAAUUAAAAUGGAAACUCAUCUUAGAUUAGUUCAAAUGGGGACAUUAAGAUUAUGGGAUUAAACUAAAACAGUUCUUAAAAACUAGAUUUUAAUCACGGCUUGGUAAUGUAUAAAAAGGGAAAAGCUGGAACUCAGACCAACAUCAAGGAUAGAAGCAUUGAAUUAGAUAAUCUCAGGUCAGAAGAGCUUUUGGAUAUAGAUCUUAACAGAAAUAUUAGUGUAAAUAUUGAGAUUAGAAAAAGAAAGAGUUUUGAUUAUUAGCCAAAUUUCACAGUAGAUGAGAAUGAGAAGGGUCAGCAAUAUAAAUUAGCUGAAUUUACUUUAAAACCUUAAAAUACUGAUGAGUUAUGA